AUGAAAUCAAACAAAACUGUGGUAAAAGAUUUUAUUUUAUUGGCAUUUGCUGAUUUGCACCAAAUUAAGAGUCUACUUAUAUUUGUUUUUCUACUGACCUAUAUUACAUGUAUCAUAGGGAAUUUUGCUAUCAUUAUUCUUGUAAGACUAGAACCUUCUCUUCAUACUGUCAUGUAUUUUUUUAUUCGUACUUUUUCUAUUUUAGAAAUUAUGUUUGUGACUGUCAGUGUACCAAAACUUUUAGCCAAUCUGAUUGCAGCUGAUAACGUUAUUUCUUUCAAUGCAUGCUUUACUCAAAUGUAUGUCUUCAUCUCCUUGGGUGUAACUGAAUGUUAUCUUCUGAUAGUAAUGGCUUUUGACCGAUACCUUGCUAUUAACAAUCCUUUGCGCUACCCAGCUAUAAUGACACCUAUUUUUUCCAUGAACUUGGCUCUUUUACCAUGGAUCAUAGGAUUUGUUAUGACUUUAAUCCCUGUCAUCAUCACAGCACGUUUAGAAUUUUGUGGUUCUAAUAUGAUUGAUCACUUCUUCUGUGACUUGGCUCCUGUGCAAAGUUUGGCUUGUUCCGAUCCCUUAAUUAGCAUUAUAGCUACAAGCACUGCAACGGUCUUCAAUGCUGUUGUGUCUUGUAGUACAAUCACAGGAUGCUAUGUCCAUAUAAUUAUGACCGUAUCAAAUAUCAAGAGUAAGGAAGGAAGACAGAAAGCAUUUUCCACAUGUUCAUCUCAUCUCAUUGUUACUGGUCUAUUUUAUGGAUCAGCCCUCAUUGUGUAUGCCAAGCCUAUGGGAAGUUUUUAUAACAAGUAUCUCUCAUUUACAUAUACAGUAUUCACACCUAUGAGUAACCCUUUUAUUUAUGCCUUUAGGAAUAGGGAUGUAAGGAAGGCUUUAAAGAAUUCCAGAAAUUAUCUAAGAAAACCAAGGUCAUUGUAA